GGAGGCUAUAUUAAGAGAGCGAAUAUUAAAAGUCAAGAGGGAGCGAGAGAAAGAGCGAGAGAAAGAUUGAGCAGCAAACCAUGGAGAUUAAGACACGACUAGAUACAUCAGAAACAACCGUGAAGAAAGACGAAGAUGAGGAGGAGCAACCGCUUAGUCCGGCGGCGCGUGUAUUUCACUCGCCGGAGUUUAACUGCUACGUCAUCUCGGUGAUUGGAGUCAAGAAGAAGAUCGAGCCAGAUGUGAUCAUCGAAGGAUUAAAGCAAUCUUUGAUCAGACAUCCUCGUUUCUCCAGUAAAUUGGUGAGCAAUGGGAACAAGAAAAGACAAACUCAAAGUUGGGUUCGGACAAACGUGGUCGUUAACGAUCACGUCAUAGUACCCGACAUCCAAACGCAAAACAUAGAGAACGGAAACGCAAACGCAGACGCGUUUCUUGAGAGCUACGUCUCCAACCUCACGACGGUCCCUUUAGACAUCUCGAAGCCAUUAUGGCAGCUUCACCUACUCGAUUUGAAAACCUCGGACGCCGAAAACGUUGCCGUUUUGAAGUUUCAUCACUCUUUAGGAGACGGUAUGUCUCUCAUGGCCCUUGUCCUCGCAUGUAUGCGUAAAACGUCAAACCCGGACGAGCUCCCAAGUCUACCAAACCAGAACCGGUCGUCGUCUAGAUCUUCCCGGUUAAUGACCGGUUCAAGAGGUGAUUCCAGGUUCUUGUGGUUAGUUAUGGUUAUAUGGUCGGCGAUUAUGUUGGUUUUGAAUACGGUUUGUGAUGCUUUGGAGUUUAUUGCUACAACAAUGUUCCUUAAGGACACUGAAACACCAAUCAAAGGCGAUUUCCGGUUAAGUAAGAGUAAACGGAUGUGUUUGGUCCACCGAACCGUAAGCUUAGACGAAAUAAAGCUAAUCAAGACUGCCAUGAAGAUGACUGUCAACGAUGUAGUACUUGGAGUAAGUCAGGCUGGCCUCUCGCAAUACUUGGAGAGAAGAUAUGGAGAGAAGAAGAAGAAAGUAGGAGAAGAUCAAGAAUCUAAAAGGAAAUCCACUAAUAUGCCUAAAGCAAUAAGGCUAAGAUCAGCUCUACUUGUUAACUUAAGACCAAACACUGGAAUCCAAGAUCUAGCUGAUAUGAUGGCUAAAGGAUCUAAGUGUAGAUGGGGAAAUUGGAUCGGCUACAUAGUCUUUCCGUUUUCUAUUGGAUUACGCGAUGAUCCCUUAGAACAUCUCCGAAGAGCCAAAAGGAUCAUUGAUCGCAAGAAGAAUUCAUUAGAAGCUGCCCUAACGUUCGUAGCCGGUAAAAUCAUUCUCAAAACGUUUGGAGUUGAGGUAGCAGCUAAGAUAAUAAAUAGAGCAUUGUCAAACACAACGAUGUCGUUUUCAAAUUUAAUUGGUCCUAUAGAAGAAAUUAGCUUCUAUGGACAUCCCAUCACUUACAUGGCCCCAAGUGUGUAUGGCCAUCCUCAUGCAUUGACGAUGCAUUUCCAGAGUUACAUGAACCAGAUGACGAUUUCUUUGACUGUAGAUCCAACGGUCAUAAGUGAUCCUCAUCGACUACUUGACGAUUGGGAGAAAUCUUUACAAAGCAUUAAAGCUGCUGUUCAAGAAAGAGGCUCCCGCUCAUUAGAUUGAUUUUAAAUCUUUUUUCUUUUCUCUUAUUCAUUGAAAAAAGAUUAAGAAACUAUACAAAUACAUUAAAGGGUUUUAU